UUGUGUGGUCGGUUGAUAGAUGUCGGUGAGCUCCUAUGAUAUAACGUCAGUUUUUAGCCAUUGGUGCUUACGUGAAAAUGCAUAGAUCGCAUUGGUAGUUUCUGCAGUGUUUUCCAAACCUUCACCAUAUUGACAUUAUUCUUGCGGCUGACAACGAUUUCCUUCACCAACCAAUCAACGUAUUUAUUUGUGGCUUAUUCCAAGUACAUAAAUGUGAGCUGUUUUUUUCGUAGUACAAAUUCGCAUUAUAGGAAACUUUUGAAAAUAUAAUUGCAAAGUGGAAAAAUGCACAACAAUAAUAAUAAUAAAAUCUGUGGUUCCGCGAAUGGCUUACGGAAGUGUUGUUAGUGAUUAGUGGCUCAUCGAAAGCAAAACGACUAAGUUCGUUUGUUGCCUUAAAAUAAAAGUUAUUUAUUUGCGAGAUCGUCACCGCCGGUAUUUCCAUACUAAUGCAAUAACAAAUAGCUUUAUAAACUUCGUGGACAUUUAAAUAGAAACAGAAGAAAGUUUUAAAUGGUUAUAUAAAACUGGUUUAUUUGAAAAUUAUUUAUAAACCUUCGCUGACACAAGCAGAUUCUUUGAAUACAUUGCAUAAAACUAUUUAAAAUAAGUCGAACAUUACGUUCCCUUUGCUUAACGUUUGGGCGAAACGAAGCGAUCAAAAAGUUCAGUGAUAUUGCAGUGCCUCCUGUUGCCUGCUUGUGUUAAAGGUUGCUCACUUUAUAAAUACGGAGUAAAUACAAAAACAAAAAAAAAAAAAAAAAAAAACCGCGUGUGGUUCAUCGUUAUCACUUACAAUGUCAGACAAGACUCUCAAGUAUGCGAAAUAUUCACAAUUCCAUUUCUCAAUUGCCGAUUACUGUGUCUUCACGGCGAUUCUCUUGUUGUCCACAGGAACGGGUAUCUAUUUUGGCUACAUAAAAAAGAAACCAGUUAAGCCAAUCAGCGGUUUGCAGUUGAACAACCACAAAGAACCAGACUUUGGUUCCACAGCAAUGAAUGAGUACUUGUUGGGCUCGAGACGACUGAAAGUAUUCCCGGUGGCAAUGAGUCUUGUUGCUAGCUACAUUUCCGGUGUCACUAUGCUGGGCGUACCAGCGGAAAUCUACAGUUAUGGCACUCAAUAUUGGCUAAUUAUUGUGCCGGUUAUUUUGAUGGCAAUUGUAGUAUCAAAAGUUUAUUUACCUGUCUUCUCGACCCUCAACGUGGGUUCAUCGUAUGAGUAUUUGGAAAUGCGUUUCAGUUCCAGUGUACGAAGCAUUGCAUCAUUUAUGUUUGUGAUGGACGAGAUAUUUUUCUUGCCUAUAAUUUUGUACGUACCGGCAAUAGCAUUUAAUCAAGUCACAGGCGUGAAUAUAUACGUUAUAAGUGGAGUCAUUUGUGUAGUUUGCGUGAUUUACACAUUAAUUGGUGGCAUAAAAGCCGUUGUCCACACGGAUGCAUGGCAAACAUUAGUCAUGUUCGUGGCGUUAUUGGUUGUGGUCAUACUAGGAACGAUAGUUGCGGGUGGACCUGGACCAGUAUUUAAAAAUGCCUCCGAAGGUGGACGGCUUAUUUUCUUUAACAUAAAUCCAUCGUUAUAUGAAAGACAAACAUUUUGGGGUGUUUUGAUCGGUGGAUUCUUCUAUUGGACCGCCUUUAAUAGCGUGAACCAGACGAUGGUGCAACGUUACAUGUCGCUGCCGACAUUGAAGAGAGGUCAAACUUCGAUUACCAUUUUUACCUUGGGUGUUGUGCUAUUUCUAUCGGUCUGCUGUUUUGCCGGUUUGCUGGUUUUCAAUUUUUACCGAAACUGUGAUCCAUUAACAGCUGGACUUAUAUCGAACGACGAUCAGUUGCUACCGAUAUAUGUAAUGCAAACUGUUGGCCACCUACAAGGCAUACCCGGCUUGUUCAUUGCUGGCGUUUUCGGUGCAGCUCUAAGUUCACUCUCGGUCGCACUCAAUUCAACGGCUUUGGUGUUUCUACAAGACAUUGUGCGUGGAAGUUUUAAAGUGAAACUGAGCGAAAGGGCAACAACAGUGCUCGUUAAAAGUGUGAUAGUCAUCUUGGGCAUAGUUGGUAUGGCGUUGGUUUGUGUACUUGAAAAGUUGAGUGGUAUUCUGAGUGUUGCGACUUCGGCGACUGCCAUUGCGGGCGGUACAACUUUUGGUAUCUUCACCCUCGGUAUGUUGGUGCCAUGGAGUAAUACGAAGGGAGCUUUAGCAGGCGCUGUGGCAGGAGCACUUAUGUCUGGUUGGAUAUCGUUUGGAUCGCAGGCAGUCAUAGCUGCCGGCCGUGUGGGGUUACACAAGUUGGAAGUUUCCGUAUCGGAAUGUUUAAAUAAUUCCACUAUACCCGAAAAGGAUUAUGGUGAUGAAUCGGAGGUAUUUCCUCUGUAUCGUUUAUCCUUUCAUUGGAUUACUGUGAUUGGUGUUUUGUCAACGCUGCUGGUCGGCACUGUAGUAUCUUUUCUAACCGGACCUACUGUGGUGAAAAAAUUGGAUGCUGAAUUAAUAUCUCCCGUUAUUCAUAGAUUUUUACCGAAAGAAUGCUUCCCACCACCCAACGAAAAUGCUGAUAUAACGCGGGAUCACACGGCGCAGACGUUAACACAUCUUUUGGCUAACGGAGAGGCUUCAAGUAACGCGGGCAGAUAUUAGAUUACAAAUUUGUCGAGCAUUCGAAUCCCUUAUUUUAUUACUUAAUAGAAUUUUACUUGAGAAAUGCCAAGCAGAGCACAAGCAGAUUGGAUGAAAACGAAAUCUAAACCAUAAAAAUGUGUACAUAUGUACUUUAAGUCCAAGUAAAUAACAGUUGCAUUUGUAGUUAACAAAUUAUACAUAUAUUACGUAUUUACCAGUUAGUAUGUAAAUGUAUUUGUAUUUUCUAAGUAGGUCUGUACUUUGUAAUUGAAAAAGUUUAGUAAAAAUUCCAGCAUCGAAUUUUGUUGUAUGUAAAUCUAUGUACAUUUAUAGUAAAUGUAACAUUUGUAUGUAUGCAUGUAAUUUGCAACUGGAACUCUUAUGUACAAAAACUCUAUUAACUGUAAAAUGUAACAUAGUAAAAAGACAAGCAUAUACAUGUGUGUAUGUGUGUAUGUAGAUAACAUUUCCAAUAGCCAAAAAACACGUGCACAAUUCAUGAAAUGUCCAUUAGUUGGUUGAUAGCUAUUAUGUAACACACCUAUUAAUUUAGUUUGUAAAUUUGGUCAUUGGAUACGAGGGCUGGUUUGUAUGUUUUGCGCCUAACAAUUUUGUUACCGAACAUUUUUUUUCCUUUGUUUUUAUAAAUGUUUAUAAGCAAAAUAAUUUUUAAUUAACAUUAUAUUUUUUCAUGGGCUCAAAUAGCUUUACAAUUUUCCUGAAUUUUGAGCGCUUCAAUAGUUUUUUCGGGCGUCUGAAAUCGUUGCAACAGAUGCUUUCCAUUUCAAUUCAACCGGGCUAUUCGGGUCAUGUUCUUCGAUUUCGAUGUAACUCAAAUAUGUUGCUCUCAGGUCAAAAUU